GGCUCAAAGGCAUCCCGCGAUUUGCAACGGCGCCAGAAGCGACCAACUCCUGCAGAAGUCAUGGUGAAGGGAAAGUUCUCGAUCGACCCUUCCUUGGAGGCCAAGAUGCACCAGUACCAGAUCGUGGGGCGAGCAGCACCCACCAACAAGAACCCGACUCCUAAGAUCUACCGAAUGAGGAUCUUUGCGCGCAACGUGGUCCUCGCCAAGUCCCGCUUUUGGUACUUCAUGAAGAGGCUCAACAAGGCCAAGAAGAGCGGUGGCGAGUUGCUUUCCGUGAACGAGCUCCAUGACACUAGCCCCACCAAGGUGAAGAACUACGGCAUUUGGCUGCGCUAUGACAGCCGCACCAACACUCACAACAUGUACAAGGAGUACCGCAACGUGAACAUCAACGGUGCUGUUGGGCAGCUGUACCAGGAGAUGGCCGGCCGCCACCGCGCUGAUCCCGGCUCCAUUCAGAUCAUCCACGCCACCACUGUGCCGGAUGACAAGUGCCGCCGCGAUCACGUCUUGGAGAUGCAUGGCGACAGGCUCAAGUUCCCCGUCGUCAGGAAGAUUCCUCAUGCUGUCAAGAAGCUGCGCACCACCUUCAAGGCCAAGCGCGCCAGCACCUUCGUGCGAUGAGCGAGUCCGGAGAGGAGAGUUGGUUUCAGCGAGCGGGAAAAAGCGAUGAGCUGGAGGGGGAUUCAGUGGGAUGUGUGGGGACGUUUUUGUGUGUGUGUGUGUGAUGGAACGGGAAGGAACCCCUUUUCAGCUCCCUUUUCUGUUCUUUUGUUUGGAGGUACAGUUGGAACUUGGGAAGGAUAAGCUGCGUUCCUGUCCCGGAAGAAUCAUUGUCGCCCUGUGGAUCUUCACUCAGCCAGGAGUUGCA